AUGGCAACGCUUUCCUUGACAACCGAGUGGGCAAAAGCCUGCUAUGCAGACCAGCUUGCCAAUUACCCGCCUGACAACUUAGCCACACAACUAAUCAUCAUUCUAGAUGAACUCAUCUCUUCUCAAACUUCACCAACGGCCUCCGCUUGCACAACAGCAACGCUUGUCGAAGCGCAGCAUGACAUCAGCCUCGCCCUAGCUAAUCUGAUCGGCUUCUUCUUCUCGGCCGCUGAAUCAAACACCAGCCUCGACGCACUCAAUCUGCUAGUGGCCUACCUGGUGGAGCUAACGAAACAACCCGAUGCCAUCAACUCCAGCUCCGAGACAAAGAUCUGGGACGCAGGCGGAGGAGAAAUCUACGAGAUACCACCCGGUGCUCCGAUUAUAGGGGAGGCGAAGAGACUAUGGAGGGAAUUACCAAUGUUUAGUUGGAAUGUUACGGAGAUGUUCCAAGUCUGCCAAUUCACGGUUUCGCUCUUCAUCACUGACUGCUGGAAUACAAACACACAGGACCUGAACUAUGGACUCACGAUCACGCGAAACCAACGACAGCAGAAGUCGCUACAGCAAAGUGGAAACAUCUAA